UAAAUAAUCCAUGACUGUAAUCCCCUGAAUUGGGACAUCACGUGGUCAGUGUUAGGACCUGCAGCUGCAGUCCAAGAGCGUGAAACCACGGAGGUCUUCCUGGAGCUCUCCAAGGGGCAGGACGUGGAUGGUUUUGAUGCGGCUCUUGAUCCUUCAGUGAAGUGGAAGCUCCCGCAGGAAGCGCCUUAACGCUCAGAGACCCUAUGAUCCUGUUUAAACCUCUGCUGUUUUGUAAGAGAAUUAUUUUGGCAGUGUGUAAUGGUGGUAUCAAUCAUUUGGCAUAAACUGUCACGGCCCUCAUGUGACGACAUCACCCGGAAGUGCUGAUGUGAGUCUUCGUGCCAGAUGGAGGGCAUGUGCUGAAGUCAAGUCAGCGAUGGCGUGGGCUGAGACCAUCACCCAGUCGUAGCCGAGGUAGACAGGUGAUGGAGAGAGAUACAGGUAUGGAUGGAUGGACGGAUGGGCAUGAUAGAAAGCCAGGUAGGUAAGAGCUGGCUAAAUAGAUAAUAGUAAAUAAUGAUAGAUGGAUGAUAGAUAGUUAGACAGACAGAUAGAUGGUACAUAGACAUUAGAUGGCUGAGAGAUAAUUCUCUUCACUAACACAUCAAACUGGUAGAUAUACAGGUCCUGCACUUUGAAAGUGUCACAGCUCUCAUUUAGGCCAAUGUUAGAUGUUGUAUACUAUCUGACAAAAAUUAAAUGCUAAUUCUAGUUAUUUCCUGGACUCCUCAUAGGUUUGUGAUAAAAACAGAACCAAACCCAAGGAGUUCUCCUGUGGUGCAGCGGGCUAAGGACUCAACGUUGUCACUGCAUGAAUGUGCUCUGGGAAUAGGUGUCAUGUCGGAAAAGCAGCUGUGACUGGAACCGCUCCUUGUUGUCACUUGUCAUCUCCUGGUCAUUCUCCAGGAUCCAUCUGGCUUCUGGAGGGAUGGGGCCGUCGAAUUAAGUGAAGAUGCAACACCUCUCUCUUUGUAUUCUCGGUGUCGUGUAUGGUCUCUGCUUUUUCCCUCUUCGAGACGCAGUAUUGCUCUUGAUGGCGUGUCUUGGCUAGGGGUGGGAUAGAGGGACUUGUCAGAGGCGUUCAUUUUUCCUUCCCCGUAAUGAGAGUUCUUAGCCCACAGCAAGGACCCAGUAUGGGGGUUAUCCCAACUGCCGAGUCUGUCUAUUCCAGUACUAUGCUUGGAGAUAGAGAAAUGACCACUGGGUGUGCUUAGAGAACCGGGAGGACCACGUACAGCUGAACUUAACCAGAGCUCCAUUUAGUACCGUGGCUCUGCUACCUUUCUAACAGGGGGGCCGUAGGAACACCUUGGUUUUCCAGGGGUCAAUGCACAUUUAGAUCCUACACUUAACAGCCCUUGAAAUGUCUCCAGUGCAGGGUCAUCCAAAUAAAAGGCUGUCGGUCCCUUUGCAUAGGGACUUGGGGAAACAAUCAGAGUAUGUACUUGUCAAGAUGCUGCAGGAUCUUUCAUCUUUCAGGCUACUCCUUCAGACAGUAAACUGGGAUCUGAAAUUUAGCUCAGGACUGGGCACUAAGCAAGGGAUACCUUUUCAUUGGGGUGGUGAUACUAAGACAUGUAUUGUCAGACGAGACGUAAAAUAACAACAGUAACAACAGCAAAACCCGCGGUUCCACUACGUGCUGUGCAAAAUAAACGCAUUUCAAAUAGAAUGGUAUAGGUACAUUGGUAUAGUUGAAAAUGAAAGGGUGGAAGAAGGGCACCAUGCAAAUACUAAUCAAAGGAAAGUAGGAAUGACUAUAUUAAUAUCAGACAAGUAGUCAUCAGGGUAUGGAAAUUUACCAAAGACAAAGAUGGACACUGUAGGAGUUCUCUUGUGGCACAGCAGGUUGAAGAUCCUGCGUUGUCGCUGAGGCAGCUUGGGUCACUGCUGUGAUAUGGGUUCUAUCCCUGGCCCAGGAACUUCCAUAUGCUAAGGGCACAACCAAAAAAAAAGAUGGACAUUAUAGAAUAAUAAAAAGUCCAAUUCACCAAGAGGACUGAACACCACAACUUCGAAUUACAUGAGGCAAAAUCUGUUUUAUCUGAAAGGAAAAUGAGAAAAAUCCAGAAUUUUCAUUAAAAUCUUUAAUACUCCUCUCUCAAUAAUCAAGAGUACAAGUAGACAAAAAAUUCCAGACUACUAAACUGAACUAGCAAGGAGGAAAAGUAAAUAACAGCAUCGACCAACUAGAUCUAGUAGAUAUUUAUAUAACACUCCACUCAGUCCGUGGCAGAAUUUACCUCUUCUCAAGUGCAUGUGGAAUAUUCACCCAAAUAGUUCAUAUCCUAGGUCAUAAAACAAGUCUUUACACGUUUGAUAUUCGAAAUAAAAUUUCUGCCCAUAACAGAAUUAAACUAGAAAUCAAUAACCAAAAGAUAACAGGAACAUCUCCAAACACUUGUAAAUUAGACAACACACUGCUCAAGCGUUCAUGGGUCAUCGAGUAAGUCUCAAGGGAGAUGAGAGAAUAUUCUGAGCUGAAUGAAAAGGAGAAAGGAAUGAAAAUGCUUUUUAUCCAAGUGAUGAAGUCAGGCAGGCUAGUGGUCUAGGUGGAGAAAAGUGCUUUUCCCCGAUUAAACCCAUUGACUUUCUUGUGGUUUAAAGACACUGCUUUAAAUGUUGGUAUCAGCCACAUCAUCUUGGUCAUAACAGAGAAAAGCUCAUGAAUAUUGGAUUGCCCCUGUGCGAUUGCUCUUUAGGUUACAAUACAGCCUGGCAACCGAGUAUAAAUGCCACUGCUCAGCAGGAACUGGCUGGAUAUCAAAGAGAGGACAAACAGUUUCAGAGAGAUCACGUGCAUCUGAUGUUUUAGCAGGGCCAACAGAAUCGAGAGCAUUAACUCUCUUCUGACAGCGGUCUUCACAGGAACUUUUCACAGAAGUCACACAGUUAAAGCAAGUUCUAGAGAUGUAGAAGCCAGGAAAAAGAGUGUGAACCCUUUGCUUCUAAAUAAGGAGACCAGGGGAUCCAUUGGGCUUCUAGCAGCCUUCUUGCUUCAGACUUCUCAGAAGGCAAAAUGAGUAAGAGAGAGAUGAGUGUGUGUCAGCAAACUUGGGCCUUAUUAUGCAAGAACUUUCUUAAAAAAUGGAGAAUGAAGAGAGAGCCCUUAAUGGAAUGGUUGAUUGCAUUGUUCCUGCUACUUGCUUUGUAUCUAUAUCCUCAUGUUCAUGAAGUUAAUGAUUUUUCUUCACUGCCUCCCAUGGACCUGGGACAGGUAGAUUCAUUUAAUGCAUCUCAAUCUGAAAUUGCAUACACACCCGUCACCAAUACAACCCUACAGAUAAUGAAUAUAGUAGCCUCAGCCUCCUUCAUGAAAGAUACAGAAGUCUUGGGACUGUCCAGUGAAGAAAGUAUUAAAAAACUAACAGCAGAUCACCCUGAGGAAAUCAUAGGAGUCAUCUUUACUGAUACAUUCUCAUAUCAUUUGAAAUUCUCUCCGGGACACAGAAUCCCAGUAAGGAAGGAACACAUGGACCACACAGCUCACUGUUAUGAAAUGAACGAAGCUGUUGAUUGCGAAGUGUCAGAAUUCUGGAAGAGAGGUUUUGUGGCUGUUCAAGCUGCCAUUAACGCUGCUAUUAUAGAAUUCACAACAAAUCAGUCAGUGAUGGAGCAGCUGAUGUCAGUUACCGGAAAAAAUAUGAAGAUACAUCCCUUCAUCAGCCAAGGGGGAAUCACCACGGAUGUCUUCAUUUUCUUCUGUAUUAUUUCCUUUUCCCCAUUCACGUACUAUGCUUCUAUUAAUGUCACAAGAGAGAGGAAGAAGAUGAAGGGCCUGAUGACAAUGAUGGGUCUUCGAGACUCCGCAUUCUGGCUCUCCUGGGGUUUGCUCUAUGCUGGUUUCAUCUUCAUCAUGGCCCUUUUCUUGACGCUCAUGGUAAAAUCUGCCCAGUUUAUCAUCCUGUCUGGCUUCGUGGUGAUCUUCGCCCUCUUUCUCCUCUAUGGAUUGUCUUUAAUUGCUUUGACUUUUCUGAUGAGUGUCUUGGUAAAGAAGUCUUUCCUCACUGGCCUGACAGUGUUCCUUCUCACUGUCUUUUGCGGGAGUCUGGGAUUCAUGGCUUUGUACAGAUACCUCCCUGCGUCCUUGGAGUGGAUUUUAAGUUUUCUGAGUCCCUUUGCCUUCACGCUUGGAAUGACCCAGCUUUUACACUCGGACUAUGAUUUGAACUCAAAUGCACUUCUUGACGCAUCGGACAGCUCGAAUCUAAUAAUAGCAACAAACUUUGUGUUAUCUUUUGAUAUUUUCUCCUAUCUGGCCCUGGCGAUUUAUUUUGACAGAAUUUUAUCGAAUGAAUAUGGACAUCGAUAUUCACCCUUGUUUUUCCUGAAGUCUUCCUUUUGGUCAAAACAACAGAGGGCUGAUCAUAUAGCCCUUGAAGACGAAAUGGAUUCUAAUCCUUCAUCUAAUGACUCUUUUGAACCAAUGUCUCCAGAGUUCCAUGGGAAAGAAGCCAUCAGAAUCCGAAAUGUUACAAAAGAGUAUAAAGGAAAACCUGAUAAAAUAGAAGCUUUGAAAGAUCUGGCAUUUGACAUAUAUGAAGGCCAAAUCACUGCAAUACUUGGUCACAGUGGAGCUGGAAAAUCCACACUGUUAAACAUUCUUAGUGGGCUAUCUGUUCCCACCAAAGGUUCAGUCACCAUCUAUAAUAAUAAACUCUCACAAAUGGCAUACCUAGAAAACAUCAGCAAGCUCACUGGAGUUUGUCCACAAAUCAAUGUGCAGUUUGACUUCCUUACUGUGAGAGAAAAUCUCAGGCUCUUUGCAAAAAUAAAAGGAAUUCAGCCACAUGAAAUUGAUAAAGAGGUUCAGAGAGUUUUGCUGGAAUUGGAAAUGAAAAAUAUUCAGGACAUCCUUGCUCAAAACUUAAGUGGUGGACAGAAGAGAAAACUAACCUUUGGGAUUGCCAUUUUAGGAGAUCCUCAGAUUUUCCUGUUGGAUGAACCAACUGCUGGAUUGGAUCCCUUUUCAAGGCACCAAGUGUGGAACAUCCUGAAAGAGCGGAAAACAGACCGCGUGAUCCUCUUCAGUACCCAGUUCAUGGAUGAGGCUGACAUCCUGGCUGAUAGGAAAGUGUUUCUCUCCAAAGGGAAGCUGAAGUGUGCAGGCUCUUCCCUGUUUCUAAAGAAGAAAUGGGGGAUUGGAUAUCACUUAAGUUUGCAGUUGAAUGAAAUGUGUGUCCAGGAGAAAAUAACAUCCCUUAUAAAACAGCACAUCCCUGACGCCAAACUGUCAGCAGAAAGUGAAGGGAAACUUGUCUAUACGUUGCCCUUAGAAAGAACACACCAAUUUCCAGAACUUUAUGAGGAUCUUGAUAGAUGUCCUGGCCUGGGAAUUGAGAAUUAUGGUGUUUCCAUGACAACCUUGAAUGAGGUGUUCCUGAAACUAGAAGGAAAAUCAUCUCUUGAUGAAUCAGAUAGUGCCAAUUUGGGAGAGGUACCAGCAGAAAGAUCUGGAGACACAGAAAGGCUCGUUGAGAUGGAACAAUUUCUCUCUUCACUUAAUGAGCCGAGACAAACAAUAGGUGGCCUGGCUCUCUGGGGACAGCAAAUCCGUGCAAUCGGAAGGGUCCGCUUAUUAAAGUUAAAGCAUGAAAGGAAAGCUCUUUUGUCACUGCUGUUGAUUCUAGUCGUUGGAUUUUGCCCUCUUCUUUUGGAGUAUAUCAUCAUGAAAAUACACCAAAACAGUUACACUUGGGAACUUUCUCCUGAUUUAUACUUCCUUGCUCCUGGACAACAACCACGUGAUCCUCUCACUCAGUUGUUAAUCAUCAAUAAAACAGGGGCCAGCAUUGAUGACUUUAUACAUUCUGUGGAGAAUCAGAACAUAGCUUUGGAAGUGGAUGUACCUGGAACUAGAAAUGGCCUGGAUGACCCAUCUUAUAAUGGAGCCAUUAUAGUGUCUGGUAGUGAAAAGAAUUACAACUUUUCAUUAGUAUGCAAUACCAAAAGACUGACUUGUUUCCCAGUUCUUAUGGAUAUUGUGAGUAAUGGGCUACUUGGAUUGGCUGAGCCAUCAGCACAUAUCCAGACUGAGAGAAGUACUUUUUUGGAGGAGGAUCAGGGUAAUUCGUUUGAAUACCUGGGAUAUACCAUGUUCUGGUUGACUUUGUCAUCCUGUUGUGCCCCUUAUAUUGCCAUGAGCAGCAUUGAUGAUUAUAAGAACAAAGCUCGGUCUCAGCUCCGGAUUUCUGGACUCUCGCCUUCUGCUUACUGGUUUGGGCAGGCGCUCGUCGAUGUCCCGAUGUACUGCCUCAUCUUCGUUUUUAUGUAUUUAAUGAGCUACAGUUUAAGCCUCCAAGACGGUUUAAACAUCUAUGAUUUAUUCGGAGUUAUAAUUUGGAUUAUACAAAUCCCGUGUACUCUUGGUUAUGCCACCUCACUUAUCUUUUUGACAUACGUGAUUUCGUUCAUUUUUCGCAAGGGAAAAAAAAAUAGUGGCAUUUGGUCCUUUUGCUUCUAUAUUAUCACCGUCCUCGCUGUGCUUGGACUUCUGUUUGAUGACAGUGAGCACGGUGCCUUGUACACCGUUGCCUUUUUAGUACCGCAGGCCACAUUAAUUGGCUACGUGUUCUUAGUUUUCCAUUUUUCCAUGUUUUAUUACCUUGAUGAAGAAUCAAGAACCAUUGAGCCAUUUUUGGUAUCCCUGAUCCCUUUCCUUCAUUUUAUCACCUUUCUUUUUAUUCUUCGAUGUCUGGAAUGGAAGUUUGGGAAGACGUCCAUGAGAAAGGAUCCCUUCUUUAGAAUCUCUCCAGGAAGGAGUGACGUGUGUCCAAAUCCAGAAGAGCCAGAAGGGGAAGACGAAGACGUUCAGAUGGAAAGAAGGAGAACAGCAGAUGCCCUGAAUUCCACGAAUUUCGAUGAGAAACCUGUCAUUAUCGCCAGCUGUCUACGCAAGGAGUACGCAGGGAAAAGGAAACGCUGCUUGUCCAAGAAGAAGAAGAAAAUAGCCACAAGACAUGUCUCUUUCUGUGUUAGGAAAGGUGAGGUUUUAGGAUUAUUAGGACACAAUGGAGCUGGUAAAAGUACAUCCAUUAAAGUGAUAACUGGGGACACAAAACCAACUGCUGGGCAGGUGCUCCUGAAAGGGAGCAGCGGAGGGGACCCCCUGGGCUUCCUGGGGUACUGUCCCCAGGAGAACGCGCUGUGGCCCAGCCUGACGGUGAAGGAGCAUCUGGAGGUGUUCGCCGCCGUGAAGGGGCUGAGGAAAGCGGCCGCCGCCGCGGCCAUCGCGCGUUGUGCUUCGCGCUGAGCCUCCUGGGAAACCCGUCGGUGGUGCUUCUGGAAGAGCCGUCCACGGGGAUGGACCCCGAGGGG